AUGAGCAUCCGGAUGAUUGCCGAGGCUGUAAACGCCGAUAAAGAAACGGUUAGAAAAAUUUUACAUGAGGAAUUACAUAUGACAAAAGUCUGUGGGAAGUUGGUGCCAAAAAACCUGACUCCUGACCAAAAGUUCUUGCGUCAACAGGUCUGUUCAGAUUUCCUUAAAAAGUUAAAAGAAGAUUCCGGACUGAUGAAAAACAUUAUAACUUGCGACGAAACAUGGAUUUUUCAAUACGAUGUUAAAACAAGGCGACAAUCGAUGCAUUGGAAGACACCUGAAUCGCCCAGAAUCAAAAAAGCAAGGAUGUUCAAAUCAAAAUUUAAGGCAAUGUUGAUCGUUUUUUUUGACAUUAACGGUAUCGUGAUGACUGAAUAGGUUCCAGAGGGUCAGACUGUCAACUAGAUUUACUAUUUAUCAGUUUUGGCAACACUGCGAGAAAGAGUUCGUAAGAAACGGCCUGAGUUGUGGAAGAACAACUCGUGGAUUUUGCACCAAGACAACGCACCUGCCCAUAACGCGCUAUCUGUGAAGCAGUAUUUGGCCGGUAAGCACACUCCAGUGCUCGAACACGCGCCGUAUUCACCAGAUUUGGCACCGUGGGACUUUUUUUUGUUUCCAAAGAUAAAAUCUGCUUUGAAAGGGACCCGAUUUGAGUCGAUGGAAGCGGUAAAGCAAAAAACGGCAGAGCUUCUAAAGGCCCUCACCAAAGAAGACUUUCAGCACUGCUUUGAUCAAUGGAAUAAACGUAUGGAAAGGUGUGCGGUGAGGGGAGGUGAGUAUAUUGAAGGAGAGCAUUUGAAUGUAGAAUAA